ACAACCACACGAAAGUGCUGAAGUGACUGCCUUAAAACCAAAGAAAAUGUGCGUGGGAAAAGUUGCAAGCAGUGAUAGACUAGAUGGGCCAUUUAAGGCCCCUCGAAAAAACGUGAUGAAAAAUGUGGAAUUUAUCAAUGAAAAUGGAAAAGUGCCGUACCAGGAGGACAUCCUAGCCGUGUCCACCUACUACACAAAAGUGACCCUUGUGAUUCUAAACCAGUGGUUUAAAACCUUCCAGGAUUCAAUCUACUACAAAAUUUUAUUCCACACCACUCAACCCGCUCAUGUGAUAACCGCCAUAGCCGUGAUUAUGGUAUCCCUGAUGCUGAUACCCUCGGAAAAACAGACAUCCCUCGAAUCGCCCCUGUGGUCUCUGAUCUACAUGGGGUCGUUCAGUGCCCAUUUCGGUGCUCAGUUAUGGAUGACGUUUAUUUCCGGCCUUUCACUCUACUUUGCCCUGCCCCGUCAUACUUUUGGCAACGUGCAGAAAGUGUUAUUUCCAAAAUAUUUUCUCAUUAAUUCUAUUUUGAGUUUAAUAACACUUUAUGUUUUCCUCCGUGCUCACAACUACCACCUAAAAUCAGCGGAGAUUGCUGCUCAGGUUGCUGGUAUGACCUUGUGCUUUUUAAUCGAGUUGGUGAUUCGCUUGUACUUAACACCUCCACUACUUAGCUUGAUGACCAUAAAGAACCGAAUUGAAGCACAAGCUGGAGUGGGGAUGGAAGUUGGGAAACUGGUACCGGGAAAUCUUUUGAACUGUCCGCACUAUAUGACAGUUCAUAAAGCUUUCCGUAAGGUACACAUGACCAUUGCCAUUGGAAACCUUAUCACUAUGGCGUGUACGAUGUUCCACUUAUAUUAUCUAUCACAAAAACUUUGUGUACUAUAAUUUAAUUAUUUAUUGUAAUUCAAACCGAAUACGAUAUUGCUUUAUUUUAAAGCAUUCCUAGUUUAUAAUAUAUUUAUUUUUUUGUACCUUAAUGUUUUUAUAUAAAACUAUGGAAUCAC